UUCUGGCAUGAUUUUAGCUCCAUGUUAUUCAUAAUGCCUAAAAAAAUUUAGAAUCCAACAUGGAGUCGUCUUUUUCACAAUUUGUUUUUAAAAUUUAAAGUAGAACUUAAGGAAAUAAAGCAUUGCAACACAGCGGGUGCUUACCAAUAAUAUAUAUAAAUGUACAUUUAAAAAAUGAUGAGAAAUUAUAAUGGCGUUAUUAAGGCAACACUCCUGCGGGCUGACUCCGCUCCGCGCGGCGGCUGUUCCGCGCGGAGGCGGAGGGUGUGAUCCGGUCCGGGUCUUCCCGCCGCCCGCUCCUCUCCACUGAACUCCAACCCCCGCGCUCUCUAUCAGCAUCUCAUUCCUGUCUCAAUAUGUCUCAAGAUGGCGGCCAAUGCAGGAUCGAUGUUUCAAUAUUGGAAGCGCUUUGACUUACAACAACUACAGAAAGAACUAGACGCCACCGCCACACAGCUUGCCAACAGACAGGACGAAAGUGAACAGUCCAGGAAGAAACUAAUUGACCUGAGCCGUGAGUUCAAGAAGACCACUCCAGAGGAUUUACGGAAACAGGUCGCCCCUUUGCUUAAGAGCUUCCAAGGAGAGAUCGAUGCCUUGAGUAAGAGGAGUAAAGAAGCAGAGGCCGCCUUCUUGAACGUAUACAAGAAAAUAAUCGAUGUCCCUGACCCUGUACCUGUGCUGGAGCUGGCUCAGCAGCUGCAGCUGAAGCUCCAGAGGAUGCACGACAUUGAGACAGAGAACACCAAACUUCGAGAGACACUGGAGGACUACAACAAAGAGUUCGCAGAGGUUAAAAACCAAGAGGUCACCAUUAAGGCCUUGAAGGAGAAGAUCAGAGAGUACGAGCAAUCUCUGAAGAAUCAAGCGGAGAACCUGGCCCAAGAGAAGCAGCUCCAGAUACACAAUGACUAUGCAGAGAAAGAGAGAAAACUCCAGGAAAGCCAGGCCUCCAUGUCCUCGAGGCUGGAAGAGGCUGAACACAAGGUCCAAUCCCUACAGACAGCACUUGAAACAACUCAGGCUGAGCUUUUUGAUUUAAAGACGAAGUACGACGAGGAAUCCACUGCGAAGGCCGACGAGAUUGAGAUGGUGAUGACAGACCUGGAAAGAGCCAAUCAGCGAGCAGAGGCGGCUCAGAGGGAGGCAGAGACACUCAGAGAGCAGCUGUCCUUGACUAACCAAUCCCUGCAGCUUAACAGCCCGGCCAAGGCUGACCCCAACACGGAACAGGCUGCAGAGGGGGCAUCCCACUCCAGCCUCGAGGCGGAACUCAGGGCCAAAGAAAGAGAGACCGCCCAGCUGGUGGAGGAUGUCCAGAGACUGCAGGCCAGCCUGACCAAACUCCGAGAGACCACCAGCUCUCAGAUCUCACAGCUGGAGCAGCAGCUGAGCAGCAAGUCGGCAGUCCUCAAGGAGCUGGAGGAGAAACUGGAGAAGCAAGCAGACUAUGAGGAGGUGAAGAAGGAGCUGAGUAUCCUCAAGACGAUGGAGUUUGGAGCAUCCGACUCUCUGCAGGAUUCUUCCAAGCCUCUGGAGGUGCUGUUGCUGGAGAGGAACCGCGCUCUUCAGUCCGAGAGUGCCGCCCUGCGCAUCGCCAACACGGAGCUGAGCGGGUCAGCCGGACGAAAAGGGACAGAAGAGUCUGCAGCAAAGGAGGAGACUUUGGGCAGCGAUCCCUCGUCCUCGUCCCCUCCUCCCCUCCCCUCUCUUCCUUCCUCCUCUCAGCUGCCUAUGUCCCGUGCGCCCAUGGACCUCCUCAACACUGCCACCACCACCAGCAGCAGCAGCAGCGAAACACACCCCUUUACCCCCACAGGCAUUGGACAGGACAUUUACUCCCCUGUGUUUCCUCUGGUGGGUGGCAAGAUGGCUUUGAACUCCCUGAUUCAGCGGCAGCUGCUCCAGACCUUCUACUCCAAAGCCUUGCAGGAGUCAUCUGGAAUCCACAGUGGGGCGCUACUGUUCACCCCCUUCACUCCAACCUUGAGCUCCAUCCCUACCUCCACUCCUGGCUCGGGGUCCGCCGCCAUCCCACUGGCGGCAAGCAGCCCCCAGCCACCCCCGGCCAGUCCGGAUAUGGCUCCCAUCAACGGGAGCAGCACAGCGGGCAGCGCCCCCUCGCCGUCGCCCAGCCACUCCGAUGCCACCACGGGCAGCGUCCUGGACGGCGAGGACAUGGACACGGCGGAAAUUGCACGGCAGGUGAAAGAGCAGCUGAUCAAGCACAACAUAGGUCAGCGGGUGUUCGGCCACUACGUGCUGGGGCUGUCCCAGGGGUCGGUCAGCGAGAUCCUGGCCAGACCGAAGCCGUGGAACAAGCUAACCAUCCGAGGGAAGGAGCCCUUUCACAAGAUGAGGCAGUUCCUCGCCGAUGAGCAGAACAUCCUCGCACUGCGCAGCAUCCAGGGACGGCAAAGAGAGGGCUCAGGCCAGCCCCAGCUUAGCCGAGUGUUUCAGGACGCUCCGAAGCGGAGAACCCUCUCCGAUACAGCUUCACACACAGGUAACAUCACUGCCCGUGUCCGGACUCCAGAAGCAGGUUCAGAUGAAGCCAUCAAGUCCAUCCUGGAGCAGGCGAAAAGAGAGCUGCAGGUGCAGAAAGUUGACUUGUCUCACGCACAGCCGUCAUAUGCAGGAUUGAAAGGAGGGGGUGGAGGAGGAGCAGGGAGCGGAGGGAGCAGCGGGUCGGACGAAGCCAUCCGCUCCAUCCUAGAACAAGCACGCAGAGAGAUGGAGGCUCAACAGGCCGCGCUCGAGCCCAUCCUCAAAGCCUCAUCCUCAUCUUCCUCCUCGGCAUCGCUAUCUCAGAGAGACCUCCUGAGCUCCACCCUCACCGCCCCCCUGCCCCCCUACAACCCCCUCGUCCUCUCCCUCAAGAAGCCUCCCGGCGCGCUGCUGUCAUCCCCGUCGUCCCCGUCUCCAAUCCUGGACUUCAGCUCCGGCAUAAAGAGGGAAAGCCGAUCUUCGUCAGGGAUCGACAUGUCCGCCGACGGCGCCCUGAGGGUGGGCCGGACCUCUGAGGGCUCAGCCCGCUCCGGGAACGCUGGCGGAGUGGGCUACUGGAGGGAGCAGUGGUGGAGCAACAUGCACACAGACUCCAGAAGGAGCAUAUCCAGCCAGGCGGGAGAGGAGAACCACAACCAGGAGGACUCCAAAGAGGGAAUAUUGGGUGACGGCGUUUCUCGGCACAAACCGUGGAACAAGUUAAACCAGAGGAACAGAGAGCCAUAUCUCCGCAUGCAGCCGUGGCUUAAUGGCGACCAGGGACAAAACGCACACAUCCAGCAAGCUCCCAACCAAGCAGAGAGCACUCCGAAGACAUCCGCGAGCUGCAGCCCGGCCCCCGAGUCCCCGCUCAGCUCGGCUGAGGAGUCUGUCAACGGUCUGGCGGGGGACCCCCUCAUCUCACAGUCCUCCUCCCUCAAACCUCCAUCAGACGACCCCUCAGGUGGGGAGUCUCAGCCCGGCACCCCACUGCCCGUACCAGGCCACUCGGGUCUCAGCAUUCAGGAGAUGGUUGCAAUGUCUCCUGAACUCGACACUUAUGCUAUCACCAAGAAGGUUAAGGAGGUGUUAACCGAUAAUAACCUUGGCCAACGUCUGUUUGGGGAGACGAUCCUGGGUCUGACUCAGGGUUCUGUCUCAGACCUGCUGGCCAGGCCCAAACCCUGGCACAAGCUGAGCCUGAAGGGUAGAGAGCCCUUUGUCCGCAUGCAGCUCUGGCUCCAGGACCCACACAGUGUGGAGAAACUCAUGGACAUGAAACGCCUGGAGAAAAAAGCUUACAUGAAGAGGCGGCUGAGCUCGCUGAGUGAUGGUCACUUGGUAGACGGCAGCUUGGCAGGCUCCGACUACGUCCAAGGCUCCCAGAGUCCUGGGCAACAGCAGCUGAAGAAGCCCAGAGUGGUGCUGGGCCCUGAAGAGAAGGAGGCCCUGAAAAAGGCUUAUCAGCAGAAGCCCUAUCCCUCCCCCAAAACCAUAGAGGAGCUGGCCUCCCAGCUCAACCUGAAGACCAGUACGGUCAUCAACUGGUUCCAUAAUUACAGGUCACGCAUCAGAAGAGAGCUCUUCAUAGAGGAAAUCCAGGCGGCCGGAGGAGUGGGGACUGGCAGCGAGGGGGGCUCCCCUUCCCUUCGCGGGUCCAAAUCAGGGGAAGGGGAUAGCUGUGAUGGCACCGAGUCUGAGGGCACAGCGGAGACUCGUCACGGACUAGGCAUUGGCAUGGAUGACCCCCGAGGAUGCAAAGACCACGACAUGGAGGCGGAGUCUGAGGCGGGGGGCUCUAAUAACUCCCCUGCCCAGUUGGACUGCGCCACCUCAGGCUUAGCCGGGCCGGGCUCCAGCUGUGGACAGAGCGGGCUGGGGCUCUUUGGGCUUACAGACGCGUCCUCCAGUAGCUCUGCCUCUAGUACAAUUCUCCCAGCCUCUGGCCACGCCAGAAACCCCAGGGACAACAAUCUGCGCAAGAAGAAAGCAGCCAAUCUCAAUAAUAUCAUCCACAGGCUGGAGAAGGCUGCAAGCAAAGAGGAUCCUUCAGAGUGGGAGUUCUAGCUCCCUCUGACUGUCCUUCAUCCCCGUCGUCUCAUAACCUCACAACCUCUAACCUUGGACCCCUCCUGCUCUGUUCCAGUUGGAGGUUGGACACAGCCAAAGUCAAGCUCAGCAGCCAUUUUUAUUACGUAGAAGCUUUCCAAAAAAGAGGAAAGAAACAAAGAGUGGUCGGGGGAAGAAAAAACCCUUAAAAGAAGAUUUACUGAAUACAUAGAAGAACAAAAUAAGAUAACUUAAGUGUCUCUCCUCUUUUUUUUUUUUUUUUUUUUUAAUAUUUGUUUUUGUACUGAGAAAAGCACUUAGCCGUCCUGCUGGCCUCCGGCCCUGCUGUACCUCCCCCCUAUCACCAGCCACUGGUGCACCAGACUGAUUAGUCCUGAGCUGGGGUCUGACCCACAGCUGGGGUUGAAACCUGUACUCAGUAACACAGGCAAGGCCUGACACAGCAGCUGUCACAGUGAUAGACACUGAUAGACGAUAGAUAGAGACAGGAACUCUCUUACAAGAACUCUCACUUUGUUAAAGGAGAUUUUUUUCCGCUCUUCUUGUCACUUCCCAAGUGUCCACAAACCUCCCCUCACUCAGUGAGACGCCUCAUUUUUCACACUGUAGAGUGACUGUUACAAACCCUUUGCCUUUUUCACUCACUGCGUGUGUGUUUUGUGUGUUGGGGGGGUUGUGUCGGUGUGUAUGCGUUUGCAUGCAUACACACUCAGAAAGCGUGUGUGUGUCUAUGUGCGUGUGUGCUCUCUUCUCAAUGGCAGCAUGAUUUUUAUUUUUAUUUUUUUAUGUCCUACUCAAAGCCUUCUGGCUGAGCUGCCGGGGGUUACUGACCGAUGAACUUAGACCUGUUGCGUCGCCUAUCCUGCUGACGGCCAUGGGAUGGCCAGAAGGAUCUGAUGUUCAUCACAAACACACGUACUCACCUGAAGAGGAAGGAAAGAACCCUCGUUUUUUUUUAUUUUUGUUUUUUUGCCUCCUUACACCUUUCUUUGUAGGAUGAAGGAUGAUCUGUUUCUGAUACUGCUAUCUGGUUGCCAAUAAGAGAUUGCACAGUCUAUUGACUCUAAAGAGAACAAAAUAAGAAGCAUUUUAAUCAGUACAAACUAAGAACAGAAAAAAAAACAUUAAAAUUCUUGGAUUUUUUUUUUUUUUUUUUUUGAGAUACAGUACAAACAAAUUCCAGCGGUACUGUAGCUGUCACCUUUUGUUGAUUCAAUUCGUGCACACCUGAACCCAGCACUGGACCUGCUGGAAACCUGUUCACAAACUCGUCUUUUAUAGGCCAAAUCAGGAAGAGUGUGUGAGUGUGCGAAUGCUUGUCUUCUCGUGUGCAUUUUUACUUGCCUGCAUGUAAGUCAGGGUUAAGGUCAAUUCACUCAGUUGAAUUUAAAAAAAAAAAAAAAAAUCUAAAAAAAAAAAGAAUUUUAUUGACUGAAAAAAGGGUUUAAGCAAGCAAACUUGCUGAACUCGUGUACUUUCUGCUGGUUGCUGUCGAAGUGAGUUCACCCCAACCCUGGUGUGAGUAGUUGCCACUCUCCUCCAGUCUCUCCUGUAUCCAGGGAUGUAAGUCUUUUUUUGCAUUAAAUUCUACUGUAUACACUACAAAUUAUAAGGCAUAUCACCUCCUCCCUGUCCCACACAAGCCCUCAGUGCCUGUCAGCCCACUGCCUCCCCUUUUUUGUGCGUGUUUGCGCGCAUGCCUGUUGCGUGUGCGAGAUUGAGGUGUAAUCCAAUGCGUGGGGGUCAUAUUUCGUAUCUACUUGCACACACUACUAGUGCACAACUGACACCCUUCUUUAAGCUGUUUGAUGCGUUACCAUUACAUUAAUCUUCUCACAAAGUAGUGUAAUAUUAUGAUUUACUGUAGCUUGGUUUUAUUGCUAUUUUGCAUUUAUAGUUUGGUUUUUAUUCUGCUUAUUUAUAGGUGCUGUAUUUUUUUUUUCAUUUAAUGUCUUAUCAUACAAGUUGUCAAUUUUUUAAGGGAUUAUACUGUUCCUGAGGGCAAGUAACAUUUUUAUUAGACGUAUAGACUGCCGGCAGUAUUGGUUAAUAUUUACAAAGAUGUACUAGUUCUCGUUUGUUUGUAUAUUCAUGAAUCCUAAAGUUUAGUGUCAUUUCAGUAGCUUUGGAAAAAAAUGUGUUUUGCUACGGUUCAUGCUCCCAUACGCAUAAAGCUCUUACCACAACUGUUAUGCUCUUAAAAUGCUAGCUAGAGAAUCAAAGGACAUAUCAAGAUCAGUAGAUAUAAAAUAACCGAAUUCAUUUUUUUUCUCCUUUUUUCUGAUCAUUUUUUAUAUCCCCGACACUAACGCUUGGCAAGGCAUGCAGCCAGAUGUCGCCCAUCUUAUUAAUCACGCCGAUGUAAUUAUAUCUGCUCCAAGUUUGUACGUUUUGUCAAAUAGGUCAAGUGAAAUUACCUUAACUUGAGAACUCGUGUUGAAAAGAGGUCAUAUCUGCCAAAUUGAGAUUAGAGAAUCGUACCAGCGAGCAGGUGUGCUGCGCCACAAUGAGCAGAGAUAGCCAGCCUAUGAUUAUGCAGAAUUUCUAUUGCAGUUCGUAACAAAGCACUUAGCGAGAUCUUUUUAUGACUUUAAAGCUUGGACAGGGUCUGCAAACACUACAACGAAAAUCCCAGAAGUCUGGGACGUGUAUGCCUUUUUAGAAAAAAACAACAAAAAAACGUGUGGUUGUGAACCAAGCACAGACUCUCUCACAUUGACACUAAAACAUGGAGACGCAAUUUGGCCGGACCCAUUCUCAUCUCUGUCGUAAACUAUGUUCAUAUCAAACUUGUCCUGAACAGUACAGUACAGUCAUCUAGUGUUUUAUAGUGCAGUACAGUUGAUGACUGUAUCGUACAUUUGACCGUUGACUGUACAGCAAAGUACAGUACAGUGCAGUUGAUGACUGUACUGAACAUUUGACCGUUGACUGUACAGCAAAGUACAGUACAGUACAGUGCAGUUGAUGACUGUACUGUACAUUUAAAGACUGUACUGUAAAGUUGAUGAUUGUACUGUACAGUUGACUGUACCUUACUGUACAGUCAUCAACUGUACAGUACAGUCUUUAAAUGUACAGUACAGUCAUCAACUGCACUGUACUGUACAGCCAUCAACUGUAAAUUACAGUCAUCAACUGUACCUUACUGUACAGUCAUCAACUGCACUCUACUGUUCAGUCAUCAACUGUAAAGUACAGUCAUCAACUGCACUCUACUGUACAGUCAUCAACUGCACUGUACUUUACAGUCAUCAACUGUAAAUAACAGUCAUCAACUGCACUGUACUGUUCAGUCAUCAACUGUACAGUACAGUCAUCAACUGCACUCUACUGUACAGUCAUCAACUGAACUCUACUGUUCAGUCAUCAACUGCACUGUACUUUACAGUCAUCAACUGUAAAUUACAGUCAUCAACUGCACUGUACUGUACAGUCAUCAACUGUAAAAUACAGUCAUCAGCUGCACAAUAGUGUACAGUUGAUGACUGUACUGUAAAGUUGAUGACUGUACAGUAGAGUUGAUGACUGUACUUUAUUGUGCAGUUGAUGACUCUACUGUAGAGUUGAUGACUGUACUCUAUUGUGCAGUUGAUGACUGUACUUUACAGUGGAGUCAUCAACUGUGCUGUACAAUUCAAUUGAAUCCAUUGAUCCGAAUUGGAUUAUACGAUAAUUAUCUGAUAAUUGUAAAACUUUUCCAACGCGGGCCUGUCUCAGGGUAGAGCAGAUGUGAGACAUCCGUCCUCCCUGAGGGGCCUCACCUCAUUUUAACAUUUCAAGGGUCCAUCAGCUCACCUAAACCACGUGAGAUCAUCAGAUUUGUGCCUUUAUCUGCCAAGCAGGGCACCAAGCUAGUGAUAUCGUCAGCUGUUCAUAUCGCUCACCCUGGUCCAAAGUUUUCUUCUCGUGGUCUUCAUAAUAUUGGUACGUUCUCUGGAGGGGAGCUUGUGUGUAUUUACUAGUAACGGGAGGAAAGAAAUUACGACUGAGCUGCAGUCAUUUUUGGAGUCCGGGUAUCAUUUCAAACUAUUGUCUAUGUUUUUAUCCCCCCUUCCCCUCCCUCCCUCUCUUCACGAUGCAUUUCUUAUGUUGUACUCAAACUAUCAGUGAAAGGCCAGAGCUUUGAAUGAAGGAGGAAGCAUGUAGAAUCAGCAUACACUGUAAUAACACUGAAUUUAUUCACGGGGCAUUUUGUAUUUUUCUGUUUGUGUCAGGUUUGCUGUGACAUUAAUUGCGGCACUACAGGUAUUGAUAAUGACGUGUGCCAAUUCUAAUGCUUAUCUGGAAAAAAAAAAGUGUGUAAAUACAGUCAAUCGAGUAGCUGAUUGAUUCACUAUUGUCACAGUGUGCUUUUUGUCUGAAGGCAGGAGGAGAGAAGGGACGAUUCAGGACUUUUCCAUGAUCCACAGAUAUUUUUCUACAAAUUUAAAUCAGAUGAUUCUAUACACUGUUGAAUAACAUUGUAAAGGUGUAACAAAUGCUGUAUAUCUUAUCAUGUUUUCUGAAGUCGUAAAGCUUUACUGUAUGAUCUGUUGAAGUAGUGGUUCUUCAUUUUGACACGUUAGUUGUAAUGGAAGCCGGAAAAGCAGCACUGGUCACAUUCAGGAAAAAAGAAAAAGAAAAAAAGACAAACCUCAGAUGUUUUUGUAAUACUUUUAGAAUAUAUCUUAUGAAGUGGGUUUUUGUAAGGAAACACUUUCUGAAUCAGUGGUGCUGUAUGCAUAGCACACUCAGUUAUACAUUUUCACAUUAUACAGCACAAUACACUCUCGUCUUUUAACCCCGCCCCUCUUCCACUCGCGUGCAUUUUCCUUUCACCGAAUUUGGAAGUCUUAGCCCAUUUUAUUUUUUUGCUUAUUUUUUAGCUACGAGCUCGACGCUGAGACAAUAAACACGAAGUCGAGGCUCGCACGACUUAAAGAGAAGACGCAAAAGCCAAAUAGUGACAUCUUUUUUCGUUUGUUUGUUUUCCCACUUCUGUUGAAAGGUCGCGACAGAAAUUUUUUUGUGUAUUUGCUACCUAGUGUCGUUGCUUCAUUUCACCCAUAGCUUCAACCACAGUGUAGUCUGAUGACCAAAUGACCUGGGGAGAUCUUCACCCCCCUUUCCUCUUCCUCCUCCUCCUCUUUUGGAAAGCUUUAAGAUUCUUGUUGAGGCUUCAGCAAGUUCAGAGUGUUUUUAGAGGAUUUUUCUCCAACCUAUCCAUCAACGACGUUGAAGUAAUAAUUUUUCAUCAUCUUAAUUUGUGUGUGCGUGUGCGAGUAUGUGUUUGUUGUAGUACAAAAGGCUGCAUGACUGUAAAGGGAUGUUGUGUUUUUUUUUUUUCUUUGAAAGUUGUUUCCUCAGCACUUCUGUCACUCAUGAGAUGCUCUUUUUUUCCUCCUGUGGGGUCUCCCUUUGGUUUUUUUCAUGUAUCAUUGUUUCUUUUAUCUUUCUAUUUACUAAGCGUAUCAUGUUGUUUGUUCUCAGCACUGUAAAACAGUCCCUUCUACAACAUUGAAAAGCAAUAUCACUGUAUGAAACGUUCACAAUGUAUUUGUUAUGAUUGACAUUUGAUUCAUCAUUAUUAUUCACUUGCACCCUAGGUGUGAUAAUUGAAGUAAAUCUCUUUUAUACAAAUA